GAUAAAGAAAGUUCUUUUUAACUGAAUCAUUCCUUGAUUUUUCAUUCAUUUCCAGCAAACAUACACAAAUCUAACAUCAAAACCAAGAAAGAGACUUCAACAAACAAAUCACAAAGAUAUAAAAUGGAGGAUUCUUAAAGGGAUUAUUUUUUUUUUUUUACCUAAGACAGGGAGAGAAUAGACCCGAGAAUGCACAGUCUCCUUAGAUGAGCUCUGGAAUUUCGAGACCCUCUUCCCCUUAUUGCCAGCUCCGACUACCCAGCUUCAAACAAAAAAAACAGAACCCCCCUUUCAAUCUGAUUUUUCUCUAUAUAUAUACCCGAAUAAAAGAUAAAAAUAAUGAUAAAAAUAAUAAAAAAGCCUUGUUCUGUCAAUCAAUAUUAAUGCUAAUUUGUCUAGAGCUGCUGUAGCGUGCAGAGGCAGAGCAGCAGGGGUGCAGCAGGGCUCGAGGGAUGGAGAAUCUUUAAAGAACUAUAUGAGCAGAUUUAAUGAUGCAGUUUUGGAGGUUAGUUCUUUUGAUCAAGCCGUGGGAAUAGCAGCUGUGAUCGCUAGUCUCAAGCAUGACAGAUUUAGAGACAGUUUGAUCAAACAUGCUGCCACCACCUUUAGCGAGGUGAAUGAUCGGUCUCUCAAGUUUAUAACCGCUGAGGAGUAUGCCCUGGCACAAAACCCACCCCCCUCUAAGAACCAGAACCCAGAAUGGAGAGAUGACAAUCCGAGCCGAAAAAGGAUGAAGAUCGGACAGGUCCGAGGUCCGAUGUUGACCCCCCCACCGAGAUUCGGAAGACCGAACUCCACGCCCCCACAACAAUCUGCAGGUAAACCUCCAGUUAAUUGGACUCCAUUUAAUUUGCCGAGAGAGCUAAACAACCGCGAUUUGUCAGAGAGUAGAGGCCGCAGCCUCAAGGAGUCCGCAAUCCCCCGAAUAGACAAGAAGCGAAAGAUUGACGAUGCUAAAUGGAAGAAUCAACCCAUUACUUUCACAUCUGCUGACCUCGACACAGUUGUUACACCCCACAAUGAUCCUCUGGUCACUUCUGUCAUGAUCAACAACUGUGAAGUACAACGUGUCCUUGUUGACACCGGGAGUGCACCAGACAUCAUGUACUUCCACUGUUUCGAGAGUCUGGGAUUAGAUCCAGCGUUGUUGCAGAAGUAUGAUGGUCCUAUCUACGGUUUCAACAAUCAGCCUGUUCCG